GACGACGACGGCUUCAGAGGCUCCUUGGAACAUCUCUCUCUCCACCAGACAGAUGGCUGGACUGUGUUUGAAGACUGUGACGCUGGUAUUCUUCCUGUCUGCUGGAAGUUUGGCUGCUGUGGACCAGAACACGCUUGCUGUGGACCAGAACACGCUUGCAGCGAACCAGGACACGCUUGCAGGACUUAUACUAGCCGUCAAGGAUAGGUACCUAAUAAAGGGUAUGUUCAGUCUGGCUCUAAGCAUCCAGAGCAAGAACCAGAACUUGGAGCAAAUCUUCAAAGACAACCCUGUAAACAAGGUGACAGAUCAGCUUUCAAAAGGUCUCGUGUACCGAGGCAAAAGACUUGCUGUAGCAAAAGUUAAAAAACCUGAACAUGCUGAGUUGCGACUUUUGACAAACUUAAGCCUUGUCAGCAAAAAGGGUGAUUUGUUGGUCAUCUACUCUUACGCUUCCUCUUGUUCCACAUCUUGUACAGUAAUCAACGGUCCUUACAACAUCAUCAAAAAGAUUAAUAAUGUCAUUGACAAGGGAAACUGGAGUAAAUACGCCUUUGUGUUUGAAAAAGUAUUCAGUCCCAAAAAUAAAACACACAUCGAAAAGUGUUUCCUGAGAAAGGCUCUUAAAGAUCUUGGAACAUCUAGAAUCACUCUUGCAAACAUAUUUCGCUGUUACGUACCGAAUAAAGCCAAUAGUUCUUUUCAGUGCACAAGCUGCUCCAGUGAUGGAGGAGUGACAGAAGCUUGUAUUGAUUACGAACAAGAAUGUCUAAAAGAGUGCUGCAGGAUUGAGUCCUAAAAUCUAGAAAUCAGCAGGCAUCUUUGCACUUCCUGUUUCCUCGUGUUGAAGUUUUCCCUUUGCUGAAUGUGUUUUUGCUUAGAUGUCUAAAAUAAGGUCGGUGGUUAACGUAAGCUUAAGAGAUUUUAACGUUUUGAUUUACGUCAUAAAAUACGUCAGUUAAUAUCCCCCGGCGUAACUUUCAAGUUUUUACGUUUCUUAAAAAUGGCGAUUGCUGAUCGUCACCAAGCUGUGUAGCCUCGUUGUGUUUAUAGCCCAAAAGCCUUUUACUUCUGCCAAUGGCAUAUACACUUCAAAAAUCAUAAAAGUGAUGUUCAUUUGUGAAGAUUAGUUUCAUAAGUAUCAUAAAUGUUUGUUUGCCACGGAGCUUAUUUUCUUCAAUAAUCCAAAAUAAGACUUUUUGUUGGGACUAAUAUGAAUAUGUGAGUACUAGCUAGCAAAACCUCGCAUUUAUCGCAAAAUUCACAUGUUCAACAGUCUGGGGUUAUUUUGAAUUUUGAUUUGAAAAUCAUUGCACCUGACUAAAUGAGUUGCCGUUGAAUACAUCUCAGAGAGAAUUCCGGUCCAUUCACCACCUAUGUUCAUGCACAGAAUACACAUUUACUAAAUAAAAACAUGAUACAUGUGUAACUCAAGUUGAAAACAAUGCAGGGGUUUGAUGAGGGACGAGUAGAUGUGUUGACUCCUGAAUAAAGAUGUUCUGUAAUGAUUUUGUUAAUAUAUAUUUAGUUAUUUGGCUUUGAUUUACCAAUUGGUGCUUGUGUAUCUUUGUCUUCAUAUGUUCUACUGAUUGCACAACCCACCAUUAUUUGAGAAUUGCUUUUGUUUUCGUUGUACAGGAACACUCUGUAUUCAUUUCAGUCAUUUUAGUAAUAAAUCAAUUAAAUAUUUAGGUAAAGCUAACACUCUAUAUGAGUAUGUAUGUCAUUG